UUGAGGAGGAGCUUGCAGCGAUAAGAUUCCCUCCACGCUCCUCCAGCAUUACAAACUCUCAGUGUAUCCAUCCUCCUCACCUCUCCUCUCCGCAGCGCACUUUGCUUUUUCGCGGACGCACACUUUGGUUUUAAUUACUCCCCCUCCCCUUUCACCCCCCGUUGGAAGGUGCACAGGUGCAUCCCACUGUUGUUACUCGCUCCCUGCUCGGUUGAUUAUGGUCACAACCCCCGCGGUGCCAAGGUGGAGUCACCGCGCGUUUCUCGGAUCGGUGCGCUUCUCCAGGGGCUGGGAUGCGCACCGGGCACCUCUCGCUUCCUGCCUAAUUUCGGGUCCGGACAGGAGUCCAGUUCUGCCCCGGGGCGCCGAGGCAGGAGGAGCCAGUCCACCCGGAGCAGGAUGCCGGUGAUGAGAGGGCUGCUGGCCCCGCAGAACACCUUCCUGGACACUAUCGCCACGCGCUUCGACGGCACCCACAGUAACUUCGUGCUGGGGAACGCUCAGGUUCAGGCGCUCUACCCCAUCGUUUACUGCUCCGAUGGAUUCUGCGAGCUCACCGGAUUCGCCCGGGCCGAGCUCAUGCAGAAGAGCUGCGCCUGCCACUUCCUGUACGGACAGGAAACCAGCGACAAGCAAACAGCUGAGAUCCAGGGAGCGCUGGACGAGAGGAAGGAGUUCAAAACUGAGCUGGUGUUCUACAAGAAGGAAGUAUAG